GUCCUGGAGGACUACGCAGAUCCCUUCGAUGCGGCGCAGGUGGCUGGUAGCCAGGCAGGGCUGGAGAAGGUGACGGAGAAUGACGGAUACAUGGAGCCGUACGAAGCCCAGAAGAUGAUGGCUGAGAUCCGCCAGAAGGGCUUACGGGAGGCUCCUGCCCGGCCGCUGCACCUCUACGACACUCCCUAUGAGCCUGUGCUUGGAGGGCUGGAUAUGAAUGGUGACCGCCUGGCUUGUCCCAGGCCCAGGGAGUCCCGGCUGCCCGAGGAUGACGAGCGGCCACCGGAGGAAUACGACCAGCCCUGGGAGUGGAAGAAGGAGCGGAUCUCCAAAGCCUUCGCAGGUCCAUCGGAGGGGCUGGGGUACGGCCGCACCUCACCCUGCAGGGAGGAGAAGGCCAGGGCUGCCCUCAGGCAUGGCUCCAGCAGCCUCAAGAGCACGAAGACGCUGAUUGCUGAGGCUGGACCCUUGCGGAUUGACCCUGCCCUGCCUCUGGAGAGCCAGUGGCUGCGGCUGUGCAAGGAGGCCAGCUACUUGGUGCGCAACAGCGAGACCAGCAAGAACGACUUCUCCCUCUCCUUGAAGUGA